CAGGCGAGUUUUACGGCUCUCAACAUUGUUCCAGAUGAUCAAGACGAAGACGAAGUCGAUAACACCAAGGAAAUACAGAUUGAGGAGGCUCUUAAACUUUAUCAGGUUGCAUUGAAAAUCCAUUCGCAAGGCCCACAAUUUUAUGAAAAGGCGGCUGUCGCUUACCAAGAACUUCUAAAAUCCGAAAUAUUCAGGUAUCCAGAAAGCGAAACCGAGUUCCAGCGAGUUAAUAACUACCCGGAACUUGAAUACGUCGAUGCUACUAUAGCCCUAGAGGUAGCAGCUGCUCGAGCAGAUGGAGCACCAAGUACCCUACCACAAAUAUUAUAUUUAUCUCAUAAAAACCAUGGAAUAUUUAUACUUGACUGUGUACGAAGUCUACUCCGAUACUCGAAAAUUACCCGGCAAGAACUCGGGUACCAAGGCAUCGCCGCUGUCGAAAACUUCUCUCUAGCAUUGGCUAGUGAUGCUUCAGACACGGAUCUUUGGAGGCGAACUGCUCGCGUCUGUGAAAUACUUGGCUCACGUCGGAUAUCGAGGUAUUGUUUAGAGGCUGCACUCGAAGUUGAUGAUGACCCUACAGUUGCGGAGGUGGAGCCUGCAUCAAUUGAAGAGGGCUUUGCUGGAGUACAACUAAAAGAGCUUCUUGAGGUUCUCUCUGAUAACACUGCAUUGUCGCAUCCAAUCAUGACGCCGUUCUUACGAAGAUCAAUGCCUGACUAUCUUCUCAAGUACAUGGAUCAGUAUCCAUAUCUUUCAGAUGAGACGAAAUUACUUAAAAAAAAAGAUGGCGAAUCACCUACUAUAAAUACACGCACUAUACUCAAUAUUCCAGAACGUAGCUGGUCAGUUCUUGGGGAGAAUCUCUGUAAGAACUUACUCUCCACAUUUAGAUCUACUAUUCCUGGUGUAGCAAUAAGCCUUCAAAUCCCACCAGAAACUUCGGAAACCCGAAAUAAUGAUAUGGCUCUAUCUUAUGAAAAAACAAAAGAUCUUACUACCCAAGACACGGAAAUGACCGAUAUCUCAGGCCUUAAUAAUGGCCAGAUCAAUGAGCUGGCAGAAGAUGGGUCUCUUGAGGCUAUAGCUACUCUUAAUUCUGCGUCAUGUACUGACGAUCUAACGUCUCCGAUCAUAAGUUUACCCUCAAGAAAGCGAUCGCAGUCCACUGCUGGAAUUCGGGAGUCAAAAGAUGAUGAAAACACGCACAAAAGGAGUAAACGAAUAAGAAAUAGAGAUAACCUCAACGAUGAGCCAGUAGAUCCCACCACUCAGUACGCUGAACAAUUAGAGAAAUAUGUUCAGAAUGACGAAGUCGUAUUCUGCUUUGUCGGUGGGCUCCUUGGAAGACUCAAAAUUAAUGAUCUUGGCACGAUAUCAGACUUACAAACUGCCCUUUCUCUUACAAAACCAAUCGAGCCUCAGGAAAUUAUCACGAACACGGCUGUAAGAGACCUGCGAGAAAUUCUGAGGACUUGGGAUGAAGCCAAAGCAUCAAAAUUUAUUAACGAAAAUAAAGCCGAUAUUCUGGGGUCAUCUACUGGCAGUGAAAAUGUUGGGUUGGCAAAUUUUCUUAAUCAACGCGAGGCUGGAAAUAUCAAGGUCAGCAACUUUCCAGCAUUUGAUUUAGACAAAGGCUUGUGUGAGUUUGUAAUGCGUGUAAAUUCAGAAUGGAUGCCUUUGAAGGAUACAAUUGUUGAAUGGGUCCUUGCUGUUAUUCCCACGUAUUUAAACACUACUUGGCAAGAAAAUCUAAAACUCUCAGUCAUUAGUUUAAUCAGUCAUGCCGAUGCAGAGAUAUUCACACGUUUUCAACAUGAUGCUGAGAAAUUUUGUGCGAACGAAGAAAGCUUAGCUCAAUUGGUUGAGUCAACCCAAACAUUAUUCGAGCUGCAUCUUAAUGUGCACGCUCAUAUCACGGGUCCUGACAGCAUAGUACCAUAUAGUACAAGAUAUAUGAGCUACGAUAGACUGACCCGAUGGGCAUUCUUCUCUAGAAGAAUUGUGGGAGAAUGGAUUUCUGACUCCACUUGCGAACUUUCGCUACGCUAUCUAUGGGCUUGCGCAUAUUAUGCAACCACUUCCGAAGAUGUUACUAGGGAACACAAGGUUUGUUGCUGGUCGGAUUUAGAAGCAUUUUUGAAAAAAGCUGGAAAUCCUUAUAUCGAGCUACCAAAUAACGCAGUGAUGCCAGAGAUAUCUGCAGAUGCUGCAAACCGAGAAGCUUCGAAACUCACAACUAUAGAUUUUUUCUUUAACUUGUUCCAGGCUGAUAAGAGUGACCCCGUUGCAAUUAUAGAGACCCUAGAGCCAGUACUAGAUCCAGAUUCUGCCAUACAACAGCAAACCGACGAAAAAGCGGCGGAAUCUGCAUCUAGCUGCCCGACUGCACUUAAAGAAAUGUGGAAGUUCUUGAAGUCUGGUAGUACUUCGUUAAGGCUAUACCUUUGGCAAAGACUUAGAGACGCUUACCUCAGCAUUGGCUAUAAAACAAAAGUCUUUUCUUGUUAUCUAAAAAGUAUUGAAAUCAUAGUUGAGGAUUUAAGAUCCGAUGAAUAUAUCAAUAGCGUAAGAGACGCUCGCCAACAUAAACUCCUGACAUGGUUGAAAGUUUUGGAUGACCUUUUGGUUAAGUCUCUUACUAUUGCCUUGAAUGAUCACCCUUCUUGCUUUGAAAUCAUUGACGAACGUCACCUGAAGUCCACUUGUACCAUGAUCGCGCAGCUGAGUAGAAUACUUCAUGCCGCAGCAAUUUUCGAUGAUGAAGUUAGGGUUAAAAUGAUUCAACUUCCGACAACUGCUACAUACAGUGAGCGUGGCUCAUUCAAUGGAUUUAUCAACAAGCUCCGAGAAAUGCAGGUUCGAACAUGGGCUUUACAAUAUGCAAUGCUGAAGGAAGCCAUGUCUCAAUACAGAGAACUUUUUCCUCAACCUGAUACUGAAUUAGCCGAUUAUCUUACAAAUGUUCAUAGGAUCUUGGGAUUACGAAAAUUUUGCAAAGUUUCAAACAAAAUAUUUUUAAAAAUGACGAAGGUGGAGCUAAUCCGCUUGAAGCAUAUCGAAAAUUGGGAGGAUUAUCUUGGACAAGUUCUUUACGAUCUUUAUGGGAUUAAGCUUGGAAUGGGGAAAUGCGAGCUUGAGGAUCAUGGCUGUCCGACUGAACCUCUUGAUAAGAAGACUGUCUUGAAUAUUUCUGAUCGAAUUAUAGCUCUUGCUAAUACAUUAUCAAUGAAAGACUUACUAAAGCAUGAAUUAAGACAAAUUAUAGAGCGGAUGCAAGCAUCUCUCGGACAUGUUAAAUCCUCAACUCAAAUGCAGCAUAAUCUACGAACUUAUAAUCAAUUUAUCAAAAAAUCAAUUCGUCCGCUAGAAAUGCAUCAAGCAUGGAAUGGCCAAUUACAGAUAAAUUGCUUACCCGUGACAAACCUGGAUAAUUCGCUGGGUAAAAAAGGCUGGUACUUCCUACAGGGUAUGAUUUCUCUAACUAAAUAUCGUUCAAUCAAGCGGUUAGCACCGGGUCCACAAUCAGAUGAUAUUCGUGCGGCAGCCAAUUUUAUGCGACUUCAGAUCCAGUAUAAUCCCGAUGAUUGGGAGGCAUGGUAUCGACAAGCGCAAUGUUUUGACCUCGAACUUGAGGAAGAAGUUUUGUGGAAUACUGACAAAAUAAAUAACCAUAAAAGCGAUCUAGUCAAAAUUCAACGUAAUUCUAUUCACUGUUACUCUAUGGCUCUCUCCACAGCCUAUAGAACGGUUGAUUUAUCUUUUACUGCAACUGAAAAGCUUUCAGAGAUGUAUCAUGACUUUGGGAUGCGUCUUUACGCCUCAUCUCGUGAACCUUUUCACAUGGAAGCUUUUUAUGUAGAUGAUUUUGAGAAGCACAUGAGUGGUACUUCCGGAAUGUAUAAGCGACCAUUACAUGCCGAAAUGACUAAAUACAGAGUUUGGAAAUAUGCAGCCAGACUAUUUAAGGCUUCUCUUCGAGAUCGACCUGAUCUAUGGACAAAUCAUUAUAUGUUGGCAAAAUGUUUGUGGAAAAUGUUUUAUCGCUUCAGCGAAGAACAAGACUCCAAGGUUAAAGAGCAUAAUCCUCCUACUGUAGAAGGAAUUGUAAAGGCCUGUUUAGAAGCGAUCAAAACUGUCCCUAAGCCAACUAAGUCUUCGGUAGAACCGAUUAUUGAGCCACAUUAUAAAUUUGUCUCCAUCAUUCACAAACUGGUAUCAAUGAAAGCAAUGUCACCUCAAGCAGGUGCAGAUUUGAUUCAACAACAGCCUUACGCUGCAAGAAAAGGUCAGCCUAUAAUGAUCGAGAACGUUGACGAGGAUUGGGGGUCCUACAUUAUCGAACAGGUUCGCCAUUUACGAAAAGAAGACAAGCAGCACUGGCAACACCGCAUGAUUGCUCGUGUAGCUAGUAUGCUUUACAUCGAUGGUUGUCCGACGUCUGAUCAUGUCAAUGCUAUUGCUGCCAAAAAUGAAUUCCGUGAAAGCAUGUUCACCAAAACUAUGCACAUUCAAGUUUGGAAGCCUGAAACCGAAAGGCCUGGCCGACACUGUGUCUACAUGGAGCGGUAUACCCGAUGGAUGGUUCGACUUUUAGAAUUAACCAAUGAUAAACCUAAUCUCGAAGCUCUUGUUAAGCGUGUUCGAAAGAAAGGGCAUGAAUUCUAUCGAUUUUCACAAGUUUGGACAGAAGCUUGUAUUGCAUAUCUUCGACUAAUACGUCGUACUGGAUCUAUUCCCUCCAGUGUGGAUGACCUAUUUAAAUCGGUCCCAGCCGAUGAAUUUGAGAUGUUUUCUGACCGACUAACUACCUGGAUCGCAGAUCCACUCAUGCAACAUCCUUCGCUUGAAGCUCUACGCGAGACAAGCGAAUUAAAAAAAGUCAAUGCUAACCUAAUGAAACCUGCCCCGAUAGAUGAUUUGAUAAAUGAUGCUUGGGCUGUACUUUACACUGAAAUUGCAAAAGACCUUCCUGUCCCAGAUGAACAAAGUACUUCUACGAGUCAAACUGGAUGUCUGGGACAUCCUAAGGAUGGAAGCGAUGCAAAGACUCAAUUGUCAACAAGUUUGAACUCAGAGCCUAUCAAGGAGAAGCCAAGAAAGAUCGGUGUCCCGCGGCGUGAAGUUCUUCGACGGGCAGAAUCGGCGGUGAGUCGAACUGUUGAAGUAACGCGAUCAACUGCUCUCACUACGGGAGGUAAAUCAUCAGCAUCAAGCAUAAUUCUCUAUUUGAAUGUCGGAAUUGAGAACACGAAAGAUAAGAGUGGAGCGAGUACACCACUUGAGACCUCCAUCUCGCAAAACGAAGGGCGUGAGGAAGUAGAUGAAAGAGGCGCAGAAAUAAAUAUGUACACAAAAAAUACGAUCGAAGGCGAAGAUGAUGGCGAGAGUGAGCGCGGAAGUUUACACGACAGUGCAGAUGAUGAAAGUGAUCUAAGUGAUGUUCCUGGCAUGGAUGAAGUUGAAUCAGCGCCUCUAUUUCCUAAUCUUCCAAGAAAAGAAAUGAGCGGCUGA